GAUUCGUACGUCAUCUUUGUUGAAUUGGUCGACUCUCCUAUAAUAUGCAUAUCAAUUUAAUUCUGAUAAUUGUUGAUAAUUAACCACGCGCUCUGACGGACCAUAAAAUCCCCAUCGAUCUCGCCGCUUCUAUUUAAUACCAUUAACUGUCUCUUGCCAAAUGCUUCUCUUGCCAAAUACUUCUCUUGCUUGCUUCUUUUUUGCGAAUGGCUCCAAGCAAACAAGUAUCUCAGGAAAUUUUUCCUUACCUUCGAGUGUUCGAGGAUGGAACCGUCGAGAGAUACGCAGGAACAGAAGUUACACCCGCUGGCUUGGAUUCUCAAACUGGUGUUUUGUCCAAAGACAUCUUUAUCACCACUCCACAAACCACUCUCUCAGCGAGGCUCUACCGUCCCGAUUUCACUAAUAACAACCAAAAGCUUCCCGUUCUAGUCUACUAUCACGGUGGAGCCUUUUGCAUAGCAUCACCGGCUGAACCCAAGUACCACUGUUUCCUCAAUCGGCUAGUUUCCCAAGCUAAAAUCAUCGUUGUGUCUGUGGACUACAGGUUAGCCCCAGAACAUCCGCUUCCAGCCGCCUAUGAGGAUUCAUGGGCUUCCCUUCAAUGGGUGGUUGCUCACGCAGAUGGUGGCACCGAAGAAUGGCUCGAAAGUUAUGCAGACUUUAGACAGGUGUUUUUAGCAGGAGACAGUGCUGGCGCUAAUAUUACACACCACUUGGCCUUGCGGUUGAAGGACUCGAACCAGCAGGGUUCAAAUAUGAAGAAAGUUCAAGGCAUAGCUAUGAUCCACCCUUAUUUCUGGGGAAAAGAUCCAAUUGGAGAAGAGGCAAAUGAUAGUUUAAGAAAAUCAAUGGUAGAUAAUUGGUGGAUGUUCGUUUGCCCGUCUAAUAAAGGGUGUGAUGAUCCCUAUAUUAACCCGUUUACGAAAGAAACCCCAAGUCUUGAAGGCUUGGCUAGUAAGAGUGUGCUUGUUUUGGUUGCAGAGAAAGACAUAUUGUGUGAAAGAGGGAAGCUUUAUUACGAAAAUCUGCUGAAAAGUGGGUGGCAAGGAAAAGCAGAGAUAGUGGAGACAAAAGGAGAAGAUCAUGUUUUUCAUAUUUUUAACCCUGAUAGCGAAAAUGCUCAUCUCUUGAUCAAGAGCUUGGCUUCUUACAUCAACCGAGAUCCAAAUUAAAUUGUGUUGGCUGCUGCUUUUGUGUCGAUAUAUGUACCUUUACUGCUACAUUUCCAAUGCCCAUGUAUCUAAAAUUUAUUUUUCACUGGUUUGAUGGAUUGAUUGCCUUUCGCUACAGGUAAUUGUCGCUUUUAAAUAAGAUUAACUGUUGAUGUGUGACA